GGUCACAUCUCACAUUCUCUCAUCAUACGAAGUAUAGAAGUAUAUGAAUUUAUAGGAAUUGCCCGAAUUAAUGAGAAAUUAACAAAAAGCAAAACAUUAUCGCUCUCCACGUAACAAACAAAAUAAUUAAUUUUUCUUUUGUUAAAGAAAAAAAAAAAAAAAAACAAAUUCAACCCCAACCUCACACCUCCUAUAAAAGCAACCUUGAACCCUUCAUGCAAUUCUCGCCCACUCUCUCCUUUCGUUUCCUCAUUCAACAUAAUCCCGAUUCUCUCUCCUUUUUUUCCUCUUAUUCUCCAAAUAAAUCCCCGCAUUCAAACCCUAGCAUUUGAGUUACCCUCAAUCCCCGAAACCCAGAUCUAUAAACAUCAAUAAACAAUUGCUCCUGCAUGGUCAGUUUAAUCUAGAUCUGUAACAAUUUACAUGAAACUAUUUACGAAUUCGUGUUUGUCGUGGUUGUUGUUAUAUAACUUCUCCUGAAGUCGUUGUGGGUAGAACACGGGCGUGUGGUACCUGUGUUCGGUGUUGUUUCACUUUGGGUUACUCUAUCUCCUGCUCCGUUUGAAGGGGGUAGCCGGGGCCUCGGCCUCGGCGGGUUUUAAAGCCCCCAUUGAUACACCUUUGGGUUGUACAAAACGAUUCAAAAUUCCCCUCUUAUUUAUAUUCUCUCCUCCCCGGAAUAAACCGCCACCCAAAUAACCAAAUUGUUGAUUUUAGUUUUUUUAGAUUAGUUUUUGUAGGAGAGAGAAAACAGAUCGGAAGGGGAAGAUAAAGAUGCCGGCGUGUAUUAUCGACGCUUCUGCUGCCACCCCCACCGUCGUUUCCGGUGUUGGUUGUCCUCCUGGCUUCGCCUUUUCCAAUAACAACGACAUCGUCGACCAUCUCUCUCUUCCCCUGCCGGAUUUCUUUUCCGGCGAACCUUUUCCGACGAACACCUCCGCCACCGCCAUGACCACUGAGUGGUCUCCGUCUCAUUCAUCAGCGCUGUACCGGAUUGACAAAUGGGGUCCGCCUUACUUCUCUGUCAACGGUUCCGGGAAUAUUACCGUCAAUCCAUUUGGCGACGCCACGUUGCCUCACCAGGAAAUUGAUCUCUUGAAGGUUGUGAAGAAGGUUUCUGAUGUGAAAUCGAAUGGUGGGUUGGGUCUUCAAUUCCCUCUCAUUGUUCGGUUUCCUGAUGUUCUGAAACACCGGCUUGAAUCGCUUCAAUGCGCUUUCGAUUUCGCCGUUAAAUCCAGUGGAUAUGGGUCUCAUUACCAGGGUGUUUACCCUGUGAAGUGUAAUCAGGAUCGGUUUGUGGUGGAGGAUAUUGUGAAAUUCGGGUCUGGGUUUCGGUUUGGGCUCGAAGCUGGGUCGAAACCGGAGCUCUUGCUUGCUAUGAGUUGCUUGUGUAAGGGACACCCUGAUGCUUUCUUGGUUUGUAAUGGGUUUAAGGACGCUGAGUAUAUUUCUCUUGCGAUUAUUGCAAGGAAACUUGCGAUUAAUACUGUCAUUGUGCUUGAGCAAGAAGAGGAGGUUGAUUUGGUGAUUGAUUUGAGCCGUGUGCUUGGCAUUCGACCCGUAAUCGGGGUCCGUGCUAAGCUCAGGACCAAGCAUUCGGGUCAUUUCGGCUCGACUUCCGGUGAGAAGGGGAAAUUCGGGUUAACUACUGUUCAGAUUCUCCGGGUUGUCAGGAAGCUUGAUGCAGUUGGGAUGUUAGAUUGUCUUCAACUCCUGCAUUUUCACAUUGGGUCUCAAAUCCCAUCAACCACUUUGUUAUCUGAUGGUGUAGCUGAGGGUGCUCAGGUUUACUGCGAAUUGGUCCGUCUUGGUGCUUGUAUGAGGGUCAUCGACAUCGGUGGCGGCCUCGGGAUCGAUUACGACGGGUCCAAAUCGACUGAAUCAGACAUAUCAGUGGGUUACACAUUGGAUGAGUAUGCCUCCUCUGUUGUUAGAGCUGUUCAGGUUGUUUGUGACAGGAAAGGGGUGAAACACCCUGUUAUCUGCAGUGAGAGUGGCAGGGCAAUUGUGUCUCACCACUCAAUUCUGGUGUUUGAGGCUGUGUCUUCCACUGCUGCGGCCGCCCCACCGGCAAUGUCGCCUUCGGAACUGAACUAUUUAGUCGAGGGGCUACCGGAGGACGCUCGUGGAGAUGUCAGGAGUAUCUCUGCUUCAGUAACAAAUGGUGAUUAUGAUGCUUGCUUGCUGUAUGCUGAUCAGUUGAAGCAGCGUUGCAUUGAGCAGUUCAAAGACGGGUGCUUGGGAAUGGAGCAGCUUGCUGCAGUCGACGGGCUAUGUGAGAUGGUAUCGAGCGCGCUCGGUGUGAGUGACUCGGUGAGCACUUUCCAUGUUAAUCUGUCAGUUUUUACUUCAAUUCCUGAUUUCUGGGGAAUAGGGCAGUUGUUUCCUGUAACACCAAUUCAUAAGCUUGAUCAAAGACCUGGGGUUAGAGGGAUUUUAUCUGAUUUAACCUGUGAUAGUGAUGGUAAGAUUGAUAAGUUUAUCGGCGGCGAAUCGAGUUUGCCUCUUCAUGAACUCAGAGAGAGUGGCAAUUGUGGUGGUGGUGAUGGGUAUUAUCUAGGGAUGUUUUUGGGCGGGGCUUAUGAGGAGGCACUAGGGGGAGUCCACAACUUGUUUGGAGGCCCGAGCGUUGUUCGGGUUAUGCAGAGUGAUGGCCCUCACAGCUUCGCAGUGACGCGAGCUGUUCCAGGACCGUCUUGUGGUGAUGUCCUCCGGGUGAUGCAGCACGAGCCCGAGCUCAUGUUCCAGACUCUCAAGCAUAGGGCUGAGGAGUGCCUCCACAACAAUGAGGAUGACACUGCUACCCUUGCUAACGGGCUUGCCCGUUCCUUCAACAAUAUGCCGUAUCUUGUGGCAGGGCCUAUUGCUUCGUCUUGUGGCUUUAUCAACGGCAAUAAAAACAAUGUCAAUGGGUAUCAUCAUCCUUACUUCUGUGGUGCGGAGGAUAGCUGUAACGGCAAUGCUGUUGAGGUUGCUAAAGGCGAGGAUGAGCAGUGGCCUUAUGUCUGUGCUUGAGAGCUGUAUGCUAUCUUUAGAAAUAACAACAUCCCCAAUAAUGCUGACCAUGAAUGGUCGUUAGUUCGUCAUCAGAAGUCGCCGUAGUCUGUUUUUUCAAUUAGAGUUUCUUUUUCAUUUUAAUCUAGUAAUUUCCAUUUGCAUGACAUAGGCAAAGUGUAAGGAUCAGGACUAUAGAGUUACAUUUUGUAGGAGGCAAGGGAAAUGUGAAUUUCCCCGGAUUAAUGUUUGUUAAAAUCCGGUGUUCUUCGCGUUCUUUCUCCUGUCAUGUCAUUGUUAUUAGACCUUUUUUAUUCACCAUUUCAAGGCGAAAACUAUUUUAGUUCAGAUUGAAUGAUUGCUCUUUUA